CGAUUAAGCACAGAGCUAACUUUGAUGCGUGUAUUUUCGUUAAUCAAACUAGACAUUCUUUUUUUUUUUUCGUUUUGUGAAAACAGUACAACAUCUCCCUCUUCCCCCCCCUCCCAUAAUAUACUACUGUAGUUAGAGUUGUCUUUUUUAAUAAAUGUAUUGGCUGAAUGGAAUUGCAAAUGAGCUUUCAUUAAAUUGUACUAUAAAUAAUAUACAAGAUGAAAAAACAAACUCUUUUCCACAAUCUUCAAAUAUUGUUUGUAUUCGACCUUCUUAUUACACGUCUCUAUACAUUACUUGUACUCGAAAUGCCAUUUAUUUAUGGUCAGUCAAGCCAAACGUUGUUCUUUCAUUUGUGGAGCGUUCAGAGAAACAUGUAGAAGAAUUCGGUGAAAAUGUAGAGAUUAUAUGGAAACCUGAUGCUUCAGCCCUUGCUAUCCAAACAAGUAAAAAUUAUUUACUUUUAUAUGCUAUUAAUUCAUAUGAACAACAUUCUUUUGAAUUCAAUUUUCCAAACUCUUCAACGCAUGCAAUAGUAUCAGGCCCUGGUGAAGGAAAGGGUCCACGAACAAUGCUUAUAAAGUUCAAAGUAGCUAUUAGGAUAGAUGCGGGUAUUGCAUGCGAAACUUGUUCAGAUGAUAUGUUGAUUAUAGUGACAAAGUCUCCCAUAGCCCUUCAGCGUGUUUCAUGGAACCCUCAUCAAAUAAAUACAACGCGAACUACUAUAUUAAACGAUUUAGUAUCAGAAAUAAUAUCAUAUAUUGUUUAUGAUAAAACAAUGAAUAUGUUUAUAUGUUUAUCUAAUGAGGGACGAGUGUAUGCUCUUCAAAACAGUAAUCUAGCUGAAGAACAGAACACUGAAAGUAAAAUAGAUUGGCAAGAUAUCUGUUUUCAUUCAACUGUCGAUAAAGCCACAGCCAUUGAUAUCAAUCCAAAGUUUUCAUUCAUCGCUGUAGGCACGCAUAAAGGCAUUGUAUAUAUUUAUUCAACAGACACAAAGCCUGUUUUAUCACAUAAAUUAGAAUUACCAUUAUGGUCUUCUAAAAUUCCAGAAGAUGAAAACUCGAUUGAAUCAAUAGAAUGGACAUCGGAUGGAUAUGCUAUUGCGGUUGGAUAUAAAAAGCAUGGCUUAGCAGUUUAUAGUGUAUAUGGAAGUUUAUUAUGUUCUUCAAGUGAAAUGGAUGAUAAUCUUAAUAAUGAAAGAUUAAAGGAUACAUACGUUAAAGGCAUUCGUAGAUUGUUUUGGGGCCCUGGAAAUUAUCAAUUAUUUGUCUUGUCUGAAGAAAAAUCUGCAAAAUUAUUCAGUAUUCCUUUUGUAAAGUCUGCGUUAACUUCAUAUUUACAUUCUGAUAAUAUUAGAAGAGGCUUACUACAAACGGAUGAUAGAAUCUUACUAUAUAAUAAUUGGGGGGAUUACCAAGAGAAUAAUACCACUAUUGAUCCUGCGGCUGUAGCAUGGACACAUAUUCAAUAUCCCAAUCUAUAUAUUACAGAUCAUUGGCCAAUAAGAUAUACAUCCAUUAGUACUGACGGGAAGUAUAUUGCUAUAGCUGGUAAACGAGGAUUUGCACAUUAUAAUGCUGUCUCAAACAGAUGGAAAUUAUUUGGGAAUCAACAACAGGAACAAAGCUUUUUGGUUAGAGGUGGAAUGGUAUGGUACAAAGAUAUAUUAAUUGUAGCUUGUGAAUCAAUUCAGCAAAAGGGUUAUCAGAUUCGCAUGUAUUCGCGUGAUAGUAAUCUUGAUAAUACGUUUAUAUUACAUACAGAACCUUUAUUAAAUGUUCCAGUCUAUGUAACACUUUGCGGGAAUUAUUUAUUAGUAUAUACAUCCGAGAAUGUCAUUAAUAUUUAUAACGUAAAUGUGAAUGCUUUAUCUACUAAUAAAGGUGAAUGGGCGAGAUUAGAUUUAGUGAGAAGAAUUUCUUUGAUGGGUAUUGUCAGUCAUGUUUUGAAAGUUCGAAGCAUCAAUUUAUUCAGCCCAAUACAAGGUGAAUACAUCAAUACAAAUGAAAGCAUGAUUUCAGCCAAUAUAAUUUUACUUGUGAAAGACAAAUUGAUCCUCCUUCGUCCAAAAACUGCUGAUGAAGAAACUACAACGUCACCAUUUCAUAUGUAUAUAAUUCAUGAGAAGACAGAGUAUUAUUGGAUAGGGAAAAAGAGUAUAGAAAACAUGAUUACGUCUUUAUGGAUUACAGAUGGGAAAGGACUAAAGGUAUUUACAAAUGUUUUGUUGGGACCUGACUUUGAUUUUAAUACAUACAACAAUGAUAUACCUGAAAGUGAGCCAACAACACCUAUUACACCAUGUUUUAUGAAAAAUGAGAUAGGGAAACCCUUUUCCCUUGGUUCAGAGUCUAUGAUCAAUAUGAACAGUUGUCGUAAAUGGAAUACAAAUAAUUUUAAUCAAGCUAUUUAUAUCCCACUUGAUUUUUACCCUAUAUCUAUCCUAUUGGAUAAAGGUAUUAUUAUUGGUAUAGAACAAAAUAUAUCCUAUAAAGAUUCACUUGGUUUAAUUUUAUUCAAAAUGAGUCCAAAGAUGCACUUGUUUUUACAUCAUAUUCUUAGAUAUUUAUUACAACAAGGAUUAGAAGAGGAUGCUGUUAUAUUCGCUAAAGUUUAUGAACGGUUUGUAUAUUUUAGUCAUGCGCUUGAGAUUUUACUUCAUACUGUAUUAGAAGAAGAAGCAGGGCAAGAUUUGGGAGAAGAUGCCAUUUUACCUCUUGUAAUUAAAUUUUUGGACCAAUUUCCUCAUGCAUUGGAUGUCAUUGUGAGCUGUGCUCGUAAAACAGAAGUAGCUUUAUGGGAUCAUUUGUUCUCAGUAGUGGGGAAGCCGAAGGAUCUAUUUGAAUUUUGUUUAAGCGAGGGUCGAUUACGUACAGCAACGUCUUAUCUUAUUAUUCUUCAAACACUGCAGCCACUUGAAGUUGGAGGAAAAGAUACGGUUCGUCUUUUAGAAAAGGCUAUGGAUGAACAUGAUUAUGAACUCUGUAAAGAACUUGUUCGAUUCCUUAGUUCAAUUGACAGUACGGGGAAAACGUUACAAGAAACGUUAAUUACGAUCAAAUCACGAAUGGAUGAUCCUUUAUCACCAAGUAGUCAAGAAGCUCAAAUAGAUAAAGUUGUAGAAAGUAUGAGCAACUUAGAUACAGUAUAAAUAAUAAAAUAAAUAUACCCCCUUUUUAUUUAAAAAAUAUAUAUAUUCAUUGUUGCAAGUUGAUUAAUAAAUAAUAUUAUACUCCUGCUUAAUGAAUCAAUCUUUAGACUGUAGUUAAUUACA